AUGUCUGAAAUCAUCUCACCACUUGCCGUCAUUGAAAAGCCCAUUUUGCCACAGGUCAAGAAACCUCAGCCUCCAUUCUACCUCGGCGGAUUCGCCGCCUGCGCCGCUAACUUCUUCACCCACCCCUUGGAUCUCCUCAAAGUGCGUCUUCAAACCACCAAGGGUGCCACCAGCACCACCCACGUUAUCCGCGCAAUCUACCAACACCAAGGCAUCGUCGGCUUCUACAACGGGAUUUCCGCCGCUGUCCUCCGCCAACUAACCUACUCUACAGCACGAUUCGGUGCCUACGAAGCAAUCAAACUCGAACUAACCAAGCCAGACGGCACUCUUCCCUUCUACCGUAUGGCUGCCUCCGGUAUUCUUGCCGGAGCUAUCGGCGGUGUCUGCGGCACACCUGCGGAUAUAGUCCUUGUGCGGCUGCAGAAUGACGGCGCACUACCGAUGGACCAGCGCCGUAAUUAUAAGAACGCGUUUGAUGGGAUUUUUAGGAUCGCGCGUGAAGAUGGUGUGCGCGGGUUAUUCAAAGGAACCAUACCGAAUGUUUCGCGCGCCAUCCUAAUGACUGGAUCCCAGCUCUGCUCCUACGAUGCCUUCAAAGACAUUCUACUCCCGUAUAUGAAGGAAGGCCUGAUGCUGCAUUUCUCCGCAUCCUUUUUGGCUGGAUUCGUAGCUACCACCUUGACAUCUCCGUGCGAUGUGGUGAAGACUAGGAUUAUGAAUGCUGGGCCGGGGAAUAAAGCUUAUACUGGGUUGGUUCAGGCUAUGGUCACUAUUGUUAGGGAGGAAGGCAUUGGUGCGCUUUAUAAGGGAUGGACCCCGGCUUUUGUGAGAAUGGCUCCGCAGACUAUUCUGACGUUUGUCUUUUUGGAACAGUUCAGGGCUUUUUACUGGGACAGCUAUGCGAAGAAAAACAACGUGUGCUAUGACUGA